AUGAAUACAACAAAUAAUACUACAUCUUCAAAUCAAUUUGAGUUUUAUCAAUAUAAUCCCAAGAUUGGGGCUUCCAUCUUCUUUACUAUAAUGUUCUGUAUUACUUUUAUUGUAUUAUUAAUUUUAGUGAUCAAAUAUACCUGUAAAAAUAGAUAUAAGGUAAAAAGUUGGUCUCAAUUAGAAAAUGCUAGGUACUAUGCUUUAGGGAAAUUAACAGGUGCAUAUAUUCCUUUGUUAGUUGGCUGUGCCACAGAGAUUGCGGGUUAUAUUGGUAGAAGUGUUUCAGCAAAAAAUAAGGAGUUAAUGGGUCCCUAUAUAGAACAAUCUAUUUUAUUAUUAAUUGCACCAACUUUAUUUGCAGGUUCGAUUUAUAUGAUAUUUGGUAGAAUGGCAUAUCUAUUGUAUGAAGAAAAAAUGAUGAUUAUGCCUGCAAAAUUUAGCACAAUGAUUUUUGUCAUUGGUGAUAUUUUCAGUUUAUUUUUACAAGGUGCUGGAGGUGGUGUUAUGGCUCAAGAAAAUGGUCAUAACACAGGUUCUGCGUUAGUCACGAUUGGUCUAUUCGUUCAAAUUGCAUUCUUUGGAUUGUUUAUAAUAAACGAAAUAAUAUUUUACCACAGAAUAGGUAAAACAUCGAAUAACAUUCCAAAAAAGUCAAAAUCGUGGAAAUCCUUAAACCUCAUAUUAUUAAUAAACAGUAUUUUAAUUUUGAUCAGGUCUAUUGUGAGAGUUGUUGAAUUUUUAGAGGGAUUCUCAGGUUAUAUUUCUAGCCAUGAAUGGUUCUUAUAUGUUUUUGAUGCAUUGCCAAUGUUUUGUUUAACAUUAAUAUUUACUUCAACUUUUGGAAUAUCUAAUUUGUACAAACUUCAGGAAGAAUCUGUGGAUAUACAAGUUUAUAAUGUUAUAGUAGAUGUUGAAGCAGAUAAAGAAAAAAACAAUAAAAAUGAAAAGUUUGAAAUAUGA